UUGGAAGUUAGUAGGGCUCAUUUUUUAUUUCCUCAGAAGUACUGAGUUAGUAGGUAAGAGGAUUUAGAAAUUUGGAGCUAAUCUUGUAAACCGUGAUUUACGACACCCUCCAGCACAGUAGGUGGCGGCAUGCACCUUUAACGUUUGUUUGCAGACCUCAAUUGUAUCAUUGAAGAAGAAGUAACAACACAGGCGUUGGACUGGAAGCGGUGCUUCCGAUAGUUUAUAUUGCUACUAAAUAAAUUGACAUCAGACCAUACAAGCACGAGGUUCAUCAUGCCUGUCACCUGUGCAGUAAACGGCUGCACCAACAAGUUUAUCAAAGGGUCAGAAAUACGAUUUUACAGGUUCCCCAUCAGUAAGCCUCAGCUUGCCAACCAAUGGGUACAAAGUUUGGGGAUGAAAAACUUCAUCCCUACACCUAACACUUGCCUCUGCUCAGAACAUUUCAACCCAGAUUGUUUCCGAGACUACAAUGGCAAACAGUUUCUUAGGGAAGAUGCCGUGCCCACCAUUUUCGGUGCUGAUUCAUCGAAGCCUGAAUUACGAAAAAGGAGUAUGAUGACCAAGGACACAAAUGCGGCUAACCGCUUCGGGGCACCGUCAGACCGGGAGAGGGCUAAGACGCUGGAGAAGAGCAAGGUCAAGGAGAAACGACAUAGUACCCGGGAUACUGGCAAGGGAAGAGGUGAUGGCAAAAAACGAGGUGGAGGACGAGGAGGAAUCUCCUCCAACACUGACCGACAGACUAUUGGGGCGAAGAGCAAAGUGUAUGACAACAAAGGCCGCCUGCUCUCCUGCGGCAAGGACAUGUGUGACUGCCUGGACGCGGACUGCAUGGGCUGCUUCUACCCCUGCCCCGAUUGUAGCUCCCGCAGGUGUGGCGUGGAGUGCCGCUGUGACCGCAAGUGGCUCUACGAGCAGGUUGAGGUGGAGGGGGGAGAGAUCAUCCGCAACAAGUACGCUGGCUAGUCUCCCCCACCCUUAGGCCUUGAACUAUGACUGUUUUUAUGUUCUGUUAUUUUUUUCUCAUUUUUGUUUUCUGUAGAACGAGGACAGAAUAAGAAAUGGUCUGAAGUUGCCAAAAGAUACUAAAUCAAGUUAUCACAAGAUGUAUCAAGAGUAAAUGAAUAAGAAAUAAUACUCCCACAAUGGUUUCAACCAAGUGUUAUAAACAUUGCAUAUGUAGUUUAGUUCCUGUACCGAGAGGGUCAAUUCAAGAAAGUGUGUGCGCAUACACUUCGCCGGUACCUCGCUACGAGGUCUCAUGCAAAGGAAAAAGAGGUAUAUGACGGAGAUUUGUUUCCACCUUUUUCGAAAGUAUGCAUGCCUGAAGAAUUUCCCACGUUUCAUUUUCUGCCUUUCCUCAUGGUUUUUGCAAUUCUCCACUUGUUUUGAUUAAUGAUUACAUAUUUGUUUUGUGCCCACAGCUGUCAAUUAAAUUGGUCUUAAUUCAUAUAAAAAAUGUGAGUGUCCAGAUUCCAACCCUUGUGGUGAGCACUACAAAAAGUUUAUCAUAAUUAUGGGCGAUGACUAGUGGGUUCUUCAGUAUCAUGUGUGUGGUUUUGCGACAGUUUCCUAGAAAUGUCCACGAGGUGUUAAGCGGUCGACUCAAGCGUGCCGCUUUACCACAGAUCAUCUCCAUUACAAAGUGUUCUGUUCAAUUUCACAAUUAUUUUCUGUGACCUAUUAGGUCUAUUUUUGGGUAGUGAUAAAUGUCCCAUAGUCACAGUUGUGUGAAUUACUACUUAAGUAGUUUCUUUGGUUACCUGUACUUUUUAUAUUUUUGACUACUUUUACUUCACUACAUUCCCCCCAAAAAUAAUGUACUUUUUACUCCAUACAUUUUCCCUGAUACCCAAAAGUACUUGUUACAUUUUGAAUGCUUAACAGGAUAGGAAAACGGUCUAAUUGACACACAUUUAUGAAGAGAACAUCCCUGGUCUAAUUCACACGCUUAUCAAGAGAACAUCCCUGGUCAUCCCUUCUGCCUCUGAUCUGGUGGACUCACUAAGGACAUGCUUGUU